GGUCGACAUCCCGUUGUUGGUGCGGACUGACCCAAACAUUAAAUCAUUCUCUGACUUUCCCUCAUCGGCGGCUUUCUCUCUUCUCUUUCUAAGUGAUAGUACCAUGUCGACUUCAAACGACUUGGUAUUCGCAAUUCCCUCAACGACCUUUGUCACUACCCUCACUGCCUCCGAUCAACUCCCUCCUUGAUCACCUCACCCCUCCGACCCCCCUCAUACCAAUCUUCACCCACCGAGUCAGUCACCCACUCACUGAGAUUCCCCGCCAUCCAAGGGUUUGAAAAGAUUCUGCCACUCCGUCUCCAUCAUGUGCGGAAUUUUGGCUCUUAUCCUCGCCAAUACCUCCUCCACCUCGGCUGCCGUUGAUCUCCACGAAGCCCUCUACCUCCUCCAACAUCGUGGCCAAGAUGCCUGCGGGAUUGCGACCUGCGCCACUGGCGGAAGGAUAUACCAAUGUAAGGGUAAUGGUAUGGCGGCAAAAGUCUUCCAUGAUGGUUCAAGAAUCAUGGACCUACCAGGCUUCAUGGGUCUGGGCCAUUUGAGAUACCCCACCGCUGGGAGCAGCGCCAAUGCUGAAGCACAACCAUUUUAUGUCAACAGCCCAUACGGCAUCUGCCUGGCGCAUAACGGCAACCUCAUCAACGCUCCACAGCUGAAACGCUACUUGGACCAGACCGCUCACCGACACAUCAACACCGAAAGUGACAGUGAAUUGAUGCUCAAUAUCUUUGCCAACGAACUCAACGAAACUGGCAAGGCCCGUAUCAACAAUGACGAUGUCUUUGCCAGUCUCGGUCGCAUGUACGACCGCUGUCAAGGUGGUUGGGCAUGUACGGCCAUGAUUGCUGGCUAUGGAUUGAUUGGCUUCCGUGAUUCCUUCGGCAUUCGCCCAUUGAUCUUGGGCUCUCGGGAUUCAUUCGAUGCAGUUGGAAAAGACUAUAUGAUGGCCUCAGAAUCAGUCGCGCUGGAACAACUCGGUUUUAAGGUGGAACGGGACAUCCUGCCAGGCGAGGCGGUCAUCAUCCAAAAGGGAACCGAACCAGUUUUCCGACAAGUCCAAAAACGGAUCGAGUAUGCACCCGACAUUUUCGAAUACGUUUACUUUGCUCGGCCUGACUCGGUCAUGGACGGAAUCAGCGUCCACCGGAGUCGACAGCAUAUGGGCGUCAAGCUCGCAGAGCGUAUCAAGAAGGUGUUGAGCCCUGAAGAGCUCGCCGAGAUUGACGUGGUGAUCCCCAUUCCAGAGACCUCUGUCACCUCGGCAUCAGUAGUGGCCCAGGCCCUGGAAAAGGAAUAUUGUCAAGGAUUCGUUAAGAACAGAUACGUUUUCCGGACCUUUAUCAUGCCUGAGCAGAAAGCUCGACAGAAAGGCGUGAGACGCAAGCUUAACGCGAUGGCGAUGGAGUUCAAAGAUCGCAACGUGCUUCUUGUGGAUGACAGUAUCGUUCGAGGCACGACCAGCAGGGAGAUUGUCACCAUGGCUCGAGAAGCAGGAGCGAAAAAGGUACAUUUUGCCAGCUGUGCUCCACCCAUCACACACGCGCAUAUUUAUGGCAUCGAUUUGGCCUCUCCCUUUGAGCUGGUGGCGCACAACCACACUGGUGCUGAUGCGAUCAGCAAACACAUUGGAGCGGAUAGCGUUAUCUACCAGACUCUGGAUGAUCUCAAAGCGGCCUGUGUAGAUGCGGGAAGAGAAGGAAACAACCAGGAUGCCCCUCGGAACUUCGAGGUCGGUGUGUUCUGCGGCUCCUAUAUUACCCCAGUGGAUGAAGGUUACUUUGACCAUCUCGAGCGCAUUCGAGGGCAGACACGAAAGCUGAAAGUGAUGGACGAAGCCAGAAAGGCCAUCUCUCAGGGGGUUGCUGGGCAGGACCAGAUUCAAUUGGCAACCAGUGGUGCUGUUGUGGAUGCAGCGGGCAAGGUGGUUCCUUUGACAAACGGCACCGCAGCAAGAUCUUCUUUUGCGUCUAACGGCAAGCAUGAUCACUCUUCUAAGGAAUCACAUGAUCAUGAGAACCAUGCCGUCAGAGACAGGAUGGAUAUCAGCAUCCAUAAUUUGGGAGACUUCCAGGACUAAGUCUAACAUGAAUAGAAGCUAAUGAGGGCGGAGUUGUCGAUGGUCGAGUUAUGCAUCUAGGCGUUGGACCACAGUCCUUGGGAAGGCCUCGCACAAAGGGUUGCUUGAAGGCUUGGGUGGCUUGCAAUGCACUAGCGUAUGAUUCAAUGUGGUUUCUUCAUGAUAGGGAGGAUUUAGAGAUUCAUUCUAUGAGGAAGUCCUCAACCUGAUAUUAUUGACAUGAUUGAUAUGACCUCUCGGCGAUUAUCUGUUGGUUGUGGUGUCGCCUCUAUUGACUACUUAUACGCCCAAGACACGGUGGCGGU